CCUCUCCUGCUUAAUCCCACGGCUCGGCGGAACUUCCGGACGAUAAGCGAUGGAUUUUGGUCCUGGUAUUCUUUACAAGGUAAACGUUUCGUAUCGAAACGAAACAAGAUCAACGAUCUCCCUUUCAUCUCGCUUCUACCAUUCGUGGUAAAUACUGCGCACUCUGACGCUUUACCCCCCUCAUCCUCCGUCUUUCCUUAUCAUCCUGCUAAACCAGUUUUCAUCAUAAGAAAGAAAACGCGACGUUUUUCCCCUCCCCCUUAAGAAGAUCGAAGAAACAUGCGACUGCUGAAAUUUCUCGCGCUCUUAUACAUACAUAGCUCCAAGAGAAUUGAACGAUACAUUUUCGCAGCUUCUGUUAAAUGAAUAUCGUAUCUUGAGGAAGUUAUAAUUAGUUAUAAUUAGUACAGGUAUGGAAAGGAAAAAGGAAGAGAGAGAGAGAGAGAGAGAAAGAGAGAGGAAACAGAGCAGGGUCUUUUUAAUCAUCGCGAUGGUUUAUUGAAAUAGUUUGAUACAAUUCAUCGACGCGGUCGGGACUUACAUUUGAAUCCGCUUGAUAAUUUGGCAGUUGAUUAUCCUCCGCGAAGAGAUUUCAUCUAAUUCCAAUCCUCGUGUCGCAAUUAUUUUUUAUCGUUACGGGCUCGGCGCGAUAGCAGAAUUACGACGAGAGUGAAAUCUGUUCGUUGACCCUCGGAGAUGAACGACGCAAUCGGCUAUCUCGCAGACUCGCGAUUCUUGACCUUCUCCAAGAUCUCGUAAGCGGAUCGGGCAAUAUCGCGCUGUGCAGCGUCGAUUUUAAACGGGUUACUCUAAAAAGAGCAUCGGGCCCGGAGUAGAGAAAGGUGAAAGCGUGCGCGAAUCGAACAAUCGACAGAAUCCGGUCGCGAUAUCUCUCCUCGGCCCGGUUGUGCACCGCCGGCUUCGAUCGGUGGACUCUGUCUAGCGCGAUUCUGGACUUCGUAUUUAUACACUGAUAAACGGCUUACAAACUUGCGAUGAAUCACGAAGAAGAGCGUUUCCGAAGGUGACGGAGCGCUCGUAACUAAAACAGCAGCGACUCCGAAUUCGUUCACCGAGAAACGUUACCUCGGAAAUUUCCAAUCUCAGUUUUCAAAUAUUCCGUAUCGUGACGCUCGAGUUCGAAAUUAGAUUGCUGUCAAGGUCUAUUUAAAAUUAAUCGCAGAACCACUUUGGAGUUGAAGCUUGUCUCCGGGACAGGUCGAUCGGUCGAAUAAUUCUCGAGCACUGCAGUCUUUCCGAGUAACAACGAGACAACGAAAGGCCGUAAAAGUCGUCGCAAAAGUAGGCUCGAUACGACGGGGAAGGGGAAAGAUGUUAAGAGAUUUUCGCUUGCUUUCCUCUCGCGCGCGUGAGAAGCGAUCUCGACGUCCGACUUCAUCGCGUUCGUCCCAAUUAAACGGCCGGGGUGUAGAUUACAUUGUUCAGCCAAACAUGUAAGCCGAAAUGUCGUUAACCCGUUUAAUUGCCAUCCGGUGUCCGCGUGUGCGUCGUGCAUGUGACGUGGGAGGACGGGGAAGGAGGAGGGGGGGAUCUCGACCCGCGCCUCUGAAUGAAUUUAUUCGGGCGGCAGAGACUAUACCAAGUGCACGGCGCGCUUCUGAGAAAAUAAACUCUCCCGCGCUUCCUCGGCGAUUCCGUCGGGCCCUCCUCGCGCGAUCUCCUCCGACUUCCUUCGAGGCGAGUCUUCUUCCUUGAAACCGAUCGGUCCCCCCCUUCCUUUUCCUCCGGCCGUCUCUACCCGUCCGUUCGUGACGAUGUCGGGUUACGCCGAGAAAGAAGAGAGAAUGAGAAAGAAAAAGAGGCCGACGCUCGCCGUCGACUGUGUGCGCGAUUCGCUUCGCGGGAGGAGAGAAAGAAGAGAAAAGCAAAAGAAAAGCUGGUAGUCGCAUCGGGGAAAAAAAGAGGGGAGAAGAAGUCGGGGCGAACGGAGAUAUCGAAUAUUUUUCUUUUUUUUUUUCCUUGCCUCCCAACCCCUCUCUCUCUCUCGUCUCCUCGCACGCGUAUAUUGAUUUUUAGAAAUUCCUCGCGAGACGGGCGAACGAGCGCGCAAAGCGCACCGGCCGAAGGAGCGGAGAGAGGCGAGGAGAAUCGGAGAGGGAAGAAGCGGCGCGCGAACCACCCACGGCCGCGGCGACGGCCGCCUUAGGGCAAGCGAGCGAGCGAGCUGAGCGAACGGAAAGCACAUCGUCGUUUCGAGCGAAUCCAUGUUGUUCGCGAGACAGCGCGUUCAAGACGAGCGUGGUCGCGUUCGCUCGAAGCUCUUUAUUCGCCAAUUUCCUCGAGUGCCUCGAAUGGCACCGGCGUGAGUAUCGCUGUAACGUUAUACCGCGACACAGGCAGGCCGCAUAGCGUACGUGCGCAAAGAGUCGCGGGGAAACGACGCACGGACCGCGCAUCGAGAUCCGCAUUUAGGCCGUUAAUUUUAAUAACGGGGGAAAUUCCCAGCCGCGUUAGGCCUAACCGCACACUAGACGGCCCUGCUUGCGGUCGAGAGCAAUCGAAGGCAGUCGGAGUCGUCCGAGCGCGCGGACGAGGCGAAGUAGUGGGGGAUCUCGCCCCCUCUUAACCCCACCGCGUAGUAACCCCCACUCAGUCACGGUCGUACCGACAUCUCUGUCGCUCCCGCAGUCGCUUCCUCUUCCCUCUCCGGGCGUCUUCCUUCUCCGUCUCGCUCGCUCCCUCUCCCUCCGUCUUGCGCUCGUCUCUCUCGUUCUAGCUCGUUCCGCCCGUUCUUAACAUCAAACCACUUAGGGCCGCGGACCUCGGCAGUCAGUCGAUCUUUCCUAGUAGCGGCAUUCCGGCAUUUUCCACCUGAUCGCGCGCGGGCGGUCCGGCAAACGCCAUUUUGGUCGUCGUUCGUCGUCGUCGUCAUCGUCCACUCACGCGUCGAGAGAGUGAGAGAAGUAGUCUCGUGCGUGAAACACACGAAGCACGUUCGUAUGUGCCGCGCCGCGCGUCGUCCUCGUAACAACACCUGACGGUUGCUCCAAAAAACAAUACGCGUCCGUACGUACUACGCGCGGCGCACUAAACCGUAACGCGCGUUGUUGGUGUCGAUUUGAUUUUUUUUCCCUUCGUUUUGCCGCUCCCCGUGGGCCAGAGAGAGGGAGAGCGCGCAAGAGCGAGCGGGCGAGAGAGAGAGAAAGACAGAGUGAGGGAGCGAGUACGCCGCCCCCGUGCGCUAGACGAGGAGGGGGCGACCAGGACGGAAAAGGACGCCGGGUGUUGUUUUUCCGUCGCGCGGACACACAACGAGACGAGUCGCGCGCGGAGCGGAGAGAGUGCGUGACCCCGCGUGUGUGUGCCAUUGCCGUCGACGUUCCACGUUCUUCUGCUGUAACAUCCUCUCGUCGCCUGACAGGACUCACGUCGACGUUUGCACGGAUUCGGACGGAGCCGCGGCGAGCCGGAUAACCGGAAAAAGUGUGAGCGUGAGGAGGCGAACAGGUGUUAAGGAGGAGGCGGCGCGCUGAGGACGAAAUAUACGGAUUCUUCGUCGGUUUAUGCAAGGCUGCUGCCGCGGCGGAAAGUCUCCGCGGAGAAAGGACGAGCUCUCUCGGCGCUCGAGUCCAUCUGAUCGAAUCCGAGGAGCGCGCAUCGAGCUGCGAAAGACGUUGGCGGGACGGAGGAGGAGGUGGAGGAGGUGGGCGACGAGGAGAGUACGGUGAACCGGAAGCGCUACGGUGGCCGGCUCGGUCGAGGAGUUCGCCGCGGUGCCGGACCCGCGCAUGCUUCAACAACGAAGCUGUACAGCAACAGCAACGACACCACCCGCGACGACGAGCUCAUCAUCAUCAUCAUCCAACAUGUUCCCGCAGCAAUACUGCCUGAGAUGGAAGUACCAUCACAGCAACCUGCAGACCAUGUUCUCGCAGCUGCUCGAGCGGCAGGCCUAUUGCGACGUCACGCUCGCCUGCGAGGGCAAGACGCUACGAGCGCACAAGGUUGUACUGUCGGCGUGCAGCACAUACUUCGACACGAUUCUAUCGCAGUACGAGGAGAAGGACCCCAUCGUCAUCAUGCGUGACGUCAAAUUCUCAGAUAUCAAAGUGCUCGUGGAGUUCAUGUACAAGGGAGAGAUCAACAUUGACCACACGAGGCUGUCGUCGUUGCUGAAAACCGCCGAGGAUUUACACAUCAAGGGUCUCGCCGAGGUCAGCUGGCGCAGCGAUUCCGCGCAAAACGACCUGAACAACACCGGCCACAGUCCCGGCGCCGCGACCCCCGGCGUGGAGACCGUUCUGAGGGAAGGUGACGCCGACGAGCCGCCACCCCCCAAGCAGAGACGCAGAGGUCGCCCGCCUCUGGACGAUCCACCCUCGGCCCACGACGUAUUCACACCGAAGAUCACGUGCAUCACCGGAAAUGAGGAAAUGAUGAGCGAGGGCGGCGACCAUGAGAGUUGGGACGACGACGUGAUGAUGAACGAGAAUAACGAAACGCCACUGCCUGUGCUGUCCUACAUGUCGAAGGAUGACAGCACAUCUGAUCAGGAAAAGAAAGCGCCUAGCACCCCGUCAAACUCCAACGCCACGAAUCCGUCGAUCCCCGAGCAAUUCCGGGACGUGAUCAAGAUGAACGAUUAUCUGACGACGGGACGCAGGCAGGAGUUCUGGGAGGAGCCGUUCACGCGACGCGUCAUGGACGCGAUCAAGAGCAAAGAACUGGAGAUGAAGACUGCCGCCGAGAUACUCGGCGUCUCAUACGGCACCCUCUACGGCAGAUAUCGCGACAGUUACGGUUGCCUUAAACACCCGUACAGAGUGCGGGAUUUUUGGUCUGAGCCGGGCCCUGCCGAAGUGCUGGCGAAGCUGCGGAGGAAGGAGAUAACGUUGUUUCGCGCCGCCGAAAUCCUCAACGUGACCGUCCAUACACUGGCGACGUACCUGGCGACGUUGCAGGGUUCGGACAGGGUAUUCAUAGCCAGCGACGGCCCGGCGCCCGGCACCAUCGACGGCAACAACGAGCCGACGGAGAACAGCGAUUCGGUGAACGACAUCCUGCAGAAGAUCAACGCGAACGCCGCGACCGCGGCGACGCUUACGACGACCACGCCGAUCAAGCGCGAGGGCGGCGGUUACAUCGAGGUGCCGACGGCAGUGCCGAAGGCCGCGACGUCCGUCCUGGAGAACAAUCCGGACAUCACGAUCGUCAAGACCGAGAACAUGCGCAAGUACACGAAGGUCUCAAACACGGAGAACAACAACGCGAAAUUGAUGAGCGGCGGCGCCGUGAGCGAAGUCAGCCAGCAGCAGCAGCAGCAGCAGCAACAACAGAAGCUCGCCGACCCGUUGUCCAUGAGCAACGACAACAGCAAACCCUAA